UGAAUCCGGGCGUGCACCAAUAUGUGGAUAACCGAUUGAAAAUCCCGGAGGGCAGGUCUCUUUUUCCCAGGCAGGAGCUGCCCCUCCCCCACCUCUGCUACACCGAGGGCUCACUGGGGAGGGGGCUGGGUGAUCCUCGCCAGCUCCGGGCUGGGGAAAACUAUCCGCUUCCCACCAUCACCACCAUAUCCUCCACCCACCCACCCACUGCCUGCACGGCCGCGAGCGCAGAGUGAUGGAGGCCUGGCUGGAGACGCGCUGGGCGCGGCCCUUGCACCUGGCUUUGGUGUUCUGCCUGGCGCUGGGGUUGAUGCAGGCAAUCAAGCUCUACCUGCGGAGACAGCGACUCCUGCGAGACCUGCGCCCCUUCCCGGGGCCGCCCGCCCACUGGCUCCUCGGACACCAGAAGUUUCUUCAGGAUGAUAAAAUGGAGAAGCUUGAUGAGAUUGUCAAAAAGUACCCUUGUGCCUUCCCCUGCUGGGUAGGGCCCUUCCAGGCAUUUUUCUACAUCUACGACCCAGACUAUGCAAAGAUAUUUCUGAGCAGAACAGACCCAAAGAGCCAGUUUGUGCACCAGUUCACGACUCCAUGCAUCGGACGAGGACUCCUGAAUCUAGAUGGACCCAGGUGGUUCCAACACCGCUGCCUCCUAACUCCUGCGUUCCAUGACGACAUCCUAACAACCUGUGUGGACGCGAUGGCCCACUCUGUGAACACGAUGCUCGAUAAAUGGGAGAAGAUCUGGAGCACUCAGGAAACAACCGUGGAGGUUUUUGAACACAUCAACUUGAUGGCCUUGGACAUCAUCAUGAAAUGCGCUUUUGGCCAGGAGACCAACUGCCAGAUAAACGGCACCUAUGAGCCUUACAUGAAGGCAACAUUUGAACUUGGCGAAAUCAUAUCUUCUCGCUUGUACAACUUCUGGCAUCAUCAUGACAUAAUUUUCAAAUUCAGCCCUAAGGGCCACUGCUUCCAGGAGUUAGGCAAAGUGAUCCAUCAAUGCACAGAAAAGAUAAUCCAGGACAGAAAGAAACUCCUCAAGGAUGGAGUAAAGCAGGACGACACUCAAAAGUCUCAAGAUUUUCUGGAUAUUGUCCUUUCUGCCCAGGCUGAAGAUGAAAAAGCCUUCUCAGAUACUGACCUGCGAUCUGAGGUGAACACCUUCAUGUGGGCAGGGCACGACGCCUCUGCAGCCAGCAUCUCCUGGCUUCUCUACUGCCUGGCUCUGAACCCUGAGCAUCAAGACAGAUGCCGGACAGAGAUCAGGAGCAUUUUGGGAGACGGGUCUUCCAUCACCUGGGACCAGCUGGAUGAGAUGUCAUACACCACAAUGUGCAUCCAGGAGACACUCCGUCUGAUUCCGCCCGUCCCAUCCAUCUCCAGAGAACUCAGCAAGCCCCUUCCCCUCCCAGAUGGACACUCACUGCCUGCAGGAAUGACUGUGGUUCUCAGCAUUUGGGGUCUCCACCACAACCCUGCCAUCUGGAAAGACCCGAAGGUCUUUGACCCCUUGAGAUUCACCAAGGAGAAUUCUGAUCAGAGACAUCCCUGUGCCUUCCUACCAUUCUCCAGUGGCCCAAGGAACUGCAUCGGGCAGCAGUUUGCCAUGCUGGAAUUAAAGGUGGCCAUUGCCUUGAUUCUGCUCCGUUUCCAAGUAUUUCCAGACCUCACCAGGCCUCCUGCCUUUUCCAGCCACAUGGUCCUCAGACCCAAGCAUGGAAUCUAUUUGCAACUGAAGAAACUCUCUGACUAUUAGACACAAGGGGACAAUGACUAAAUUUCCUUCUGUUUUUAAGUUAAAUUUAUAGUCAAUGACCCAGGCAAAUGGAGAAGAAUCUAAGUCUGAUGGGAGAGAUAGAGGGCUGUGGGUUUGGGCCUCUCUACAGCUGCACAUUACCCAAAGACAUUUUCAGGAAACACAGGUGACCCUGGAUAUGUAUGACUUAGAGAGAUUUUCAAAUUAUUUUCUAAUGAUUAUUACUAAGUCUAUCACUGGGUGACUUCUAUAUAUUUUCUGUUUUUUUUAAUAGUUUUCAGAAUUAUACAAAUAACAGAAGAAUGGAUGUGUGCUGAAUGCAAAAUUUUUUUAGCACUGGAAAGUGUAGAUAAAAUGCCCUCUCUCCUGGGCUGCACCCCCUGACCUGACAAAGCCUACUGCUUUUGCUUAAUGCAGAGUAAUUUAGUGUGCAUUUUUCCUGACUCUUUUCUGCAUAUUCCAUAUAUAAUGUCUGUGUGUGUUCUCAGACAUCAGUAGUCCCCAGAGCCAGGUCACCUAGCUUCAGACCCUGACUCCUCCACUUAAGCUGGAUGUCUCACUUUGGUCCAGUCUCUGGAUGGAGACAUGCUGUCCGUGCCUCAGUUUCCUCACUUGUAAAACCUCAUAGGAUGGCUAUAAGAUUUAAUGAACACACACACACACACAUAGUUUUUUUUUUUUUGAGUAGCUCCUAAGGAAGAGAAGGGCACCAGGCACUGUUCGCACACACCUUUAAUCCCAGCACUUGGGAGGCAGAGGCAGGUGGAUCUCUGAGUCCAAGGCCACCCUGGUCAACAAAGUGAGUUCCAGAACAGCUAGGGCUGUUACAUAUAGAAACUCUG